AAUUUGUAAAGAUGUCAAACGACAAACGCACUGUUUAUGUGGGAGGCCUGGCUGAUGAGGUGACAGAGAGACUACUCAACAAUGCCUUUAUUCCUUUCGGAGACAUUGCGGACAUACAAAUGCCAGUGGACUACGAGUCGCAGCGACACCGGGGCUUUGCCUUCAUAGAAUAUGAACAGGCGGAAGAUGCGGCUUCGGCCAUCGACAACAUGAACGAUUCGGAGCUCUGCGGCCGAACUAUUCGCGUCAAUUUGGCCAAACCGGUGCGUGUAAAGGAGGACAGCUUCAAGCCUGUCUGGGCGGAUGACGACUGGCUGCAGAAGCACGCCGGCGCCACCUUAGAACCCGCAGAAGCAGGCGAAGCAGAGAAGGAACCAGUGGAGGCGCCAUCCACAGGCCCAGCAGUCAUUGAGAAGGCAGAGAAGCGCAAUCCACAAGUAUUCUUUGACAUUCGCAUUGGAGGCAAUGAUGCUGGACGUGUUGUGAUGCUUUUGAGAGCCGACGUGGUGCCCAAGACCGCGGAAAAUUUCCGCCAGCUGUGCACUCAUGAGCAGGGCUUUGGCUACAAAGGUUCCACCUUCCACCGCGUGAUUCCAGAAUUUAUGUGCCAAGGAGGAGACUUCACAAACAACAACGGGACUGGCGGCAAGUCCAUCUAUGGGAAAAAGUUCAACGACGAAAACUUCAAUCUGAAACACAAUAGUUUCGGCACCCUAUCCAUGGCCAAUUCGGGCACCAACACAAAUGGCUCACAGUUUUUUAUAUGCACCACAAAAACCGAUUGGCUGGACAACAAGCAUGUGGUGUUUGGGCAUGUCAUCAGCGGAGCCGAUGUAGUUCGGAAAAUGGAACGCUGUGGCUCGAAAACAGGCACUCCAACGCAAAAGAUCAUCAUCUAUGCCUGCGGAGAAUUGAAGUGAUGUCGAAUUAAGGAACGCGAACAGCUCAAUAAAGAAACUCUUUUUGUAUAAAUGUA